AUGUCUGAAACUAUUCCUUCACCAACCGAUAUUGGUGCCCUUGCAAACAGAAUUAAUUUACAUACGAGAGAUGCCCAUAAUAAAAUUGAUAAAGCAAUGUCAUUAAAUAUUGCAUUUGCUUUAAGACAUAGAUUUAUUUAUGAAGAUAUAAUUAAAACUUAUUUUGUUGUAUUUUCAACUAUUGAAGAUAAUGUUGAUAAUAUUUUAAUUAAUGAUCCAAAUAGUCAAACUGCAAUAAUAUUAAAAAGUUUUUAUGUUGAUGAAUUUAGAAGAAAACCACAAUUAUUGAAAGAUUUAAAAAUUCUAAGAAUUGAUCCAAGCUAUGUUAAUAAUCAAUGGCUAAAUACAAGACCUGAGUUAAUUAAUUUUAUUAAUUUUAUUAAUGAAAAUAUUAAAGAAUCACCAAUAUCAAUUUUAGCUUAUUGUCAUGUACUGUAUUUAGCUUUAUUUGCUGGUGGUAGAAUUAUUAGAUCAUCAUUAUAUAAAAAUUUAGGUUUUUUACCCAAUUUUGAUCAUUUAACAAAACAAGAAAUGAUUGAUCAAGGAACAAAUUUUUUCAGAUUUGCUAAAACGACAGAUGCUGAAAAUAAAUUGAGAUGGUCUUAUAAAAAAAAUUAUGAAUUAAAUACAAGAAAUCAAUUAACUGAAUUACAAAAAUUAAAAAUUAUUGACACAGCGGGUAAGAUUUUUGAUUAUAAUACGGCAACGUUAUUUGAAAUUAAAGAUGUUAAUAAAAAUGAAUUGAUGCAUAAAUUUAGUUUUAAAUUAAUCACUUUUUUAAUUGAAGAAUGGAAAUUUAAUGAUACUGUCAUUACUCAAACUACUAAAAAAAAUAUUUUAUUCAGUAUUGCCUUUAUUCAAUCCGUUUUAGUUUAUUUCAUUCUUAAAAGAUUAGUUGUAUCGUAUCUUCUUUAA